AUGGCUUCUGGUUUUGAUGAUGGCCGUCACAUGACGGGCAAAAGCUCAGCCUGGAGUUAUCGGAGUGGUAGGACAGUGAUCCGAGGUCUUCUUCGCACAAUUCAACAGACAAAGUCCAAGGCAAACUUCCUCGGUAUCCAGAAAGGAAAAUUUAAGGAUCCCCUUCACCCGCCUCCCAAACGAAAUGAAGGUUGUGUGAGUAUCAAUCUAAUAAGAGAGUCUUCGAAACCCAGCUUCUCUUCAUAUCAAAAUGGCUUAGCCUAUCUCCCCCGAAACAAGCAAAGGUGUCUCGUAGACUGCGCCAGCGAAACGGUUGUAGCACGAGAAUCUGCCGUCGUCUUCCGAUGA